AUGGAGGGCGACGGGCUGCCGCGCGCCAGCGAGCCCGUGUCGGGUCCCGGCCCGGGAGGAGGCGGCGGCGGAAUGAUCCGCGAGCUGUGCCGGAGUUUCGGUCGCUACCGCCGCUACCUGGGGAGGCUGCGGCAGAACCUGCGCGAAACCCAGAAGUUCUUCCGCGACAUCGAGUGCUCCCACAACCACGGUGCUCCCUCCUCCCCCACGGGCGGCGGGCCCGAGCUCGGCCCUGCCGGCGAUGUCGCGGAGACCGGGCUGCCGGCGGGCCAGCUGAGCUGCAUUUCCUUCCCACCCAAGGAAGAAAAGUAUCUCCAGCAGACUGUGGACUGCCUGCCCUGCAUAUUGAUCCUUGGCCAGGACUGCAGCGUCAAGUGCCAGCUAUUGAACCGGCUGUUGGGGAUGCAGGUGCUUCCCACCACCAAGCUGGGCAGUGAAGAGCGCUGCAAGCUUCGGCGUCUCCGCUUCACCUAUGGGACUCAGACUCGGGUCAGCCUGGCGCUGCCUGGACAGUAUGAACUAGUGCACACGCUGGCUGCUCACCAGGGCAACUGGGAGACCAUUCCUGAGGAGGACUUGGAGGUACAAGAAGACAGUGAGGACGCUGCUCAUGUUUUAGCGGAACUGGAGGUGACAAUGCACCACGCCCUCUUGCAGGAAGUGGACAUUGUGGUGGCACCGUGCCAUGGCCUCCGGCCUGCAGUGGAUGUUCUGGGUGACUUGGUGAAUGAUUUCUUGCCUGUGAUAACAUACGCACUCCACAAAGAUGAACUCUCUGAGAGGGAUGAGCAGGAGCUUCAGGAAAUUCGAAAGUAUUUCUCCUUUCCCGUGUUCUUUUUCAAAGUACCCAACCUGGAGAUAAUAGAUUCCUCUUCUGGGAGAAUGGAGAGUGAUAGGUCUCCACUGUAUUACCAGCUAAUUGACCUGGGCUAUCUGAGUAGUGGUCACUGGAACUGUGUGGCCCCUGGUCAGGACAGCAAAGCUCAGAGCAUGUUGGUGGAGCAGAGUGAGAAGCUGAGACACUUGAGUACAUUUUCUCACCAGCUGCUCCAGACUCGCCUGGUGGAGGCAGCCAAGGCCCUGAACCUGGUACAUAGCCACUGCCUUGACAUCUUUAUUAACCAGGCCUUUGACAUGCAGCGGGACCUGCAGAUCACUCCCAAACGUCUAGAAUACACUAGGAAAAAGGAGAAUGAGUUGUAUGAAUCAUUGAUGAACAUUGCCAACCGAAAGCAGGAGGAAAUGAAGGAUAUGAUUGUUGAGACACUUAACACUAUGAAGGAAGAACUUUUGGAUGAUGCUGCCAACAUGGAAUUUAAAGAUGUCAUUAUCCCUGAGAAUGGAGAACCAGUGGGCACCAGAGAGAUCAAAUGCUGCAUCCGACAGAUCCAAGAACUUAUCAUCUCCCGGCUUAAUCAGGCGGUGGCUAACAAGCUAAUCAGCUCAGUGGAUUACCUACGAGAGAGCUUCGUUGGGACCCUGGAACGGUGUCUGCAAAGCCUGGAGAAAUCACAGGAUGUCUCAGUUCAUAUUACCAGUAAUUAUCUCAAACAGAUUUUAAAUGCCGCCUACCACGUUGAAGUCACAUUUCACUCUGGGUCCUCAGUUACAAGGAUGCUGUGGGAGCAAAUCAAACAGAUCAUCCAGCGUAUCACAUGGGUGAGCCCACCAGCCAUCACUCCAGAGUGGAAGAGGAAGGUGGCCCAGGAAGCCAUUGAGAGCCUUAGUGCCUCCAAGUUGGCGAAGAGCAUUUGCAGCCAGUUCCGAACUCGGCUCAACAGUUCUCAUGAGGCUUUUGCAGCAUCCUUGCGGCAGCUGGAAGCAGGCCACUCUGGCCGGCUAGAGAAGACUGAAGACCUGUGGCUGAAGGUUAGAAAAGAUCAUGCUCCCCGCCUGGCCCGCCUUUCUCUGGAGAGCCGUUCUUUACAAGAUGUCUUGCUACACCGUAAACCUAAAUUAGGACAGGAACUGGGCCGGGGACAGUAUGGUGUGGUAUACCUUUGUGACAACUGGGGAGGACAUUUCCCUUGUGCCCUCAAGUCAGUUGUGCCUCCAGAUGAGAAACACUGGAAUGAUCUGGCUUUGGAGUUUCACUACAUGAGGUCUCUGCCGAAGCAUGAGCGACUGGUGGAUCUUCAUGGUUCAGUCAUUGACUACAGCUAUGGCGGCGGCUCCAGCAUCGCUGUGCUGCUCAUUAUGGAGCGGCUGCACCGGGACCUCUACACGGGGCUGAAGGCUGGACUGAACCUAGAGACACGUCUGCAGAUAGCUCUAGAUGUGGUGGAGGGAAUCCGCUUCCUGCACAGCCAGGGCCUUGUCCACCGUGACAUCAAAUUGAAAAAUGUGCUGCUGGACAAACAGAACCGUGCCAAGAUCACUGACUUAGGAUUCUGCAAACCAGAGGCCAUGAUGUCAGGCAGCAUUGUGGGAACGCCAAUUCAUAUGGCCCCUGAACUUUUCACAGGGAAGUACGACAACUCUGUGGAUGUCUAUGCUUUUGGGAUUCUUUUCUGGUAUAUCUGCUCAGGCUCUGUCAAGCUCCCCGAGGCAUUUGAGAGGUGUGCCAGCAAAGACCAUCUCUGGAACAAUGUGCGUAGAGGGGCCCGCCCAGAACGGCUGCCUGUGUUCGACGAGGAGUGCUGGCAGCUGAUGGAAGCGUGUUGGGACGGCGACCCUUCUCAGAGGCCUCUCCUGGGCAUCGUCCAGCCUAUGCUUCAGGGCAUCAUGGACCGCCUCUGCAGGUACACUUUGGAGCGACCAAACCGAGGACUGGAUGAUUCCACUUGAAGACCUCUUCCUCCUCCACUCCAUUUCUUUCCUACCCUCUCUCUCACCUUUUGGCCAUGGGGAGAUUUUGACAGUCAUUAAGGGAGCUCCCAAGGGAAUUGGUGCUUGCUGCAACAUGUGACCUUCCUGGGUAGAGAUAUCUUCUGGACAGUGAAGAACUGGAUGGCUGUGUGAGUAUGUUGGACAGUUCACACCAUGACACCUCACACUGUCCCUUUGGCAAAAGAUUGUUUGAAAUGUAAAAGCUGAAGAAUGUGGUGUUCCGGCCUCAGAACUGAAAAGGAGGUGACUGUUACCAUUGUCUAUUCACUGUAUUAUGUUUCUAAAACAAGCGGGAUGCUGCAGUGGCACAGUAGUAUUACAAAUGUAUCCUUUUCGUAAUUCAGCUCUAGACACGAAGAGUUUGAUUCUACCUGUGGUAAAGACCACUUGGAAAACGUGACCUUAGUUCAGGAUUGUGUGAACAUAAGGGUAAAACAGAAGCCAUCCAACCAACCCUUGUUGCCUGGUUCUCAGUUUCUGUAACUAUGAACCUCGGGUUGUUACAGUUGGAAGUCCCAGGAGAAAGCUAGAAGGAAGCUGUCUGUCCUCACAACACAGUGUGUUUACAUUUACAGGGCCACCUACCCCAGACUUUUGGGGGGCAGGGCUCACUGCAAACAGAACCUGCUCUACUUGUGGGUCUUCUUCCCACCACAUACCCUUCUUUUGUCAAAAGGAGAAAACUCUGCGGAUAACAUGGUACUUAGGAGUAUGUGUCUGACCAGAAAUGGAACCUAUAAUUAGUCAUUGUCUGUUGUUGUUUUGUUGAAGUAGGACAUAUGGCCUAGGCUGGUCUUAAACUCUUGACCCUCCUGCUUCAGCCAUGAAAAUGUUGGGAAUACAGGUAUACACUACUAUGUCCAAAUAAUAAUAAUAUCACUUUUUUCCUUUUUCUCCCCUUCAUGGUAGGGAUCAAGCCUGUGACCUCACACAUGCUGGCAAGUGCUCUUCCACAAGCUACACCCCAGCUUUAUAUAACUCAACUCUAGGUAUCCUGGAUUCUGAUAAUGGCAUAUUAUAACAGUGGUCCCUCCAAGCACUUUCAGCCUUUCAGAAAAGCCAUGUAAUGUUUUUUAAAACUUUUAAAAUAUAUGUUAUAACAGGUUAUACACUUUUAUCCCCUUGCCUCAACUCUUGUUACCCUGGGGGCCAUCCUCUGUAGGGUUAUGGUAAGCACUGUGGAAUUAUGAAGGCCUUAGUCAAUCCCUGUUGGGUAGCAUGGGACCAUGCCUCAGGGUAUUCCUACCCACUCCAUGGCUCUUACAAUCUUUAUGCCUCCUCUUCCACAAUGUUCCUUGAGCCUUGGCAGACAUGUUGGCAGUCUGAUUUAGUGUUGAAUUCUUUGUAGUCUCUGUAUUUCUGCUUUCAUUGGUUUUGAUUCAUCUUCAUGUCUGUUACCAUCGCCUUGGGGUUGGUUGUCAGGCUAGCAGUAAGAGCAGUAUUCAUUAUAUCGCUUCCUCUGCAAUUUCUACUGGGCCCUGGCAGGUAUGGUAGAGGUGGCAAGCCUCAUAAUGAACAGUUGGCUAUCUUCUUGUCUUAGCAGUGGAUCUAGGCUCCCCUCCAUAAAGGCGGGACAUGAGACCCUGGUAUGCCCAUAAAGAUAAGGUGCCCUGCUUGUACCUGAACUUCAGCCAGUUCAUCCCUUCCCAGGCAGUAGCCCUGGAAUGGAGUCUAGCCCUGAUGCAAAACUACCAUACUCUGCCAUGUAAUGUUUUGAAAAUGGCAGUGACCCAGUGUCUUUGGUCUCAUUUGCCUCAGCUUUGUUUAGGUAGAACCUUCAGUUUAUCUCUUAGAAUUUUAAUACCUACUCAGCUAUACUUAGUCAUUGUCCUCAGUAUUAACUUAGUGCCCUUCUGAGGACAGCAAUGGCUUACAGGAAGCCAUGUGUUGAGUUAAAGGAGGAGUGAAUAUUCUCUACUUGCUCAAAAAUCACUAUAGCCCAGUCUGGUGGUGCACACCUUUAAUCCCAGCACUCAAGAGAUAGAGGCAGGAGGAUGGCUGUGAGUUCGAGGCCACUGAGACUACAUAGUGAAUUCCAGGUCAGCCUGGGUUACAGCAAGACCCUACCUCAAAAAAAUCACUAUAAUUUAUUCUGUAUGAAAUUUCAAGAAAAGUCUUAUAUAGGGAAUUGCAGACCCUUGUCUUUUAAUUAGCUGUCGUUAGGAGUGUCCUUCCAGUAUGGAGACUAUAUUCCUAACUUUCUUUGAAAGUUUUAGUUCAUAGAAUGUUAGUUUUGUCCCCACCCAUAGUCACUUUUCAAUUUAUCUUCUCUUAUGUAUUAGUUUUCUCACUGAUUCCCUACAUUUUUCUGCCUGAUAGGAGGAAAAGAGAGAAUAAUACUAAGCAAGGAGAUGUGUGGUUUUAUAGUUUAAAAAAAAGUAUUCUGAGAAAUGUACAAGAUAUUUGCAAACUUCUCCAGGCCAGCCAAAGACCACAGAGAGAUACUUGGUGGUGUUCCUUAAAAUACUCAGCAGGCUGAGUAUGGUAAUACAUACAUAUAAUCUAUGUACACUUUACAUUUAUUGCAUAACAUUGUAAGCUAAUUUUAGAUUCUUUGUUCCUUGGUACCCAUUAUUAUAGUGAUGGGAUGCCAUGAAAUGUACUGUAUUGUGUAUCAUUUGGGAAGACAUUAGGUAUUUGGAGAAAUGUGCUGGCACUUGGGCAGUACAGAGUUUAUCAUGGCCAAAGUCCUAACGAUUUUACCUCCUGGCUUUGGUUAUGUUCCCAAUAUGGUAAGAUGAGUCUGUGGCUGAGGGUGAAAGAAGGAUAGCACAAAUUAUUGCCCUUACUGUGUGCUGUCUUUCUAAAAAACACUUCAUGAGGGCAGUUUACCCCAAAUGAUGACCUGGCCAUGAUUAAAGUCUGGUUAGUCAUUUUGCUGUAGAAAAAAGCAAGAGGUCUUCCUUCAGAGCAAUCAGAAGAAAUGCUGUUGGGGCCCAGGGCCCUGCAUGGCUAGCCUAUAAAACAUCAAUCAGGGGUGGUGCCCACAGGCAGGCCCUGGGCCUCUGCAAAGUGGCUUCUUGACUGAGCAAGCCUUUCAUGUCUCUCAGAAGGACUGCAUUGCUUGUUCCCAAUCCAAAGAGAGUCACUUUUGACUCCAUCAGUUUUAAGGAGACAGAGACCAGGCAGCCACUGCUCCUACUUUUUAACAUUAAAGCUCAAUGAAACUGGAGGAAAAGAUGAUUACUACCACAGAUAGAUCAGGAGAAUGUUAGAACUCUGAACCAGUACCUGUCAGCUCCCCAAAUGCUUUUUGUCUUUUUUUUUGAGCUGCCAAAGAUGUAGUUCAUGGUAGUGCAUGUGCUUAGCAUGUGCAUGGCCUUGAGGCCAACCCCUAGCACCUAGAAAACCCAAAAGAAAAAUCAAAGAGGGGUUGGAAAAUGUUCUUCCUGACAGAAGUGGCUUAGCGUGGUGGAGCUGCAGAAUGACAACUGCACUGAGUGACACUUUAUUUUUUUGGCCAUAUUAUUUAGCACUGAGAAACCUAGGGCUGUGGUGAUUACAGUCUUACUUAGGGAAAUGGAGGCACCUCUGGCCUUGCUCUGGUGUGAUGCCAGGCUUGUUUGGUUUGGCUAACUGGGGAACUGCCAAGUCCAUACUGUAUCGCCGGAAGAGGAGGUGCUUUCUUUGAGUUUUCAAAGCUUGCUUCAUGGAUUUGUUGACUUAGAUAGCUCACCUUUAAAUUCAGGGUGGGUGGGGUAGAGCUAGUGUGAUUGUACUACAGAAAGAGUGGCCUUGAGACAUUUGUAUUGGAAACUCCCCUGGAAGUUUUAUGUAGCACUGUUUUCUUAAACAUUUUAUCUUUAACUUCCUAUGUCUUGUUAACACCUAAUGUGACUGAGGCACUGGCAGAGGCUAUGAGAACACCUGACGUUGAGGAGGCCAACUUGCCCAGACAGUCAACAGAAAAUUGCUCUGGAUGGCUUGCUAUCUUCUGUCUUUAUGUGAUGUUUUUAUUUGUUUUAAAUGACUAAUGUUUAUUACAGUGUUAUAUAAAAGUGUAACAUACUAAGUGUGUAGAAUAAAAGUGCAAUAACAAGACAAUUACUUUGACACGAACUUCAGUCUAUCCCCGUCCAUUGUUGUGCUAUGUGGCUCUUUCCUUGACAUUGUUACAUGGGACCGUAUUAAUCGUGUAUAUUUUUUUAAGAGAUACAACUAUAAGUUUUGUCUUCAUUCAGUGUAAUUUGAAUGGUUGGGAUGGGUUUUAUAGUGUUCUAUAUAAUUGUUAGGGUACACAAAUACCAAGUGUGCUGUUAUAAUAAAGACCACAUUAACGUUUGGA